AUGGAUCCGGAAUUGAUCAAGUCACGUCACGAACAAGUUCAACGUCAUAUUAAUUGGCUCAGAAGUAAGUCUUUUGACCUUUCUUUUUAAUUUUAGUGUUGCAAAGAUUAAUAUAGAUAUAAAAGGAUAUAUAUAUGCUAAAUUCAACGUUUUAUCCAACUUUUUAUUAUUUUUAGUGAAAGUGUUACCUAAAAUUAUAUUUUUUCAAAGUUUACCAAAUUUCAAGAUGCGUUUUAAAUUUUCUUGCUAUGGUUGACUUUUUAGAGGCGUUAUUCUAAGUAAUUUUCACACUGUUUAUCUUUUUAUUGCUAAUUAUAUUAUCCUUUCAGUUCAAGUGUCCAAAAUCGUCGAAGUACCUCAUCGUCUGGAGCUAUUGGACAAUCAAUCUCUCAGUGAUUUUAGAAUAAUAGUUGGCAAACGAACUUUUUAUGUAAGGUUUAUUUAUUUUUUGUUCGGAAUUUAGGUUUUUCAAGUAAAUCGAGGAAGUAUAUUGUUCAUCAUUAAAUUGAACUUUGUUUGGAAGAUCUAACUGUGUUUCUUUCGAUUUUUGAAGAAUAGACUAAAAUAUAUUUUCUAAAAAAUUCUGAAAAAGUUAUUUCAAUUUUAUAGGGGACAAAAACUUUAAAAUAUUUGCUAAAGAGUCUUUUUAUAGGUAUCUAAAAGUUUCUUAUCCAUGAAAUCAGAAGUUUUUAAGAAGAUGUUUGAAUCUGGAAUGAAAGAAACUCAUGAGGGUCAGUUGGUUUUGCACGAUGAUGAAGAAGCCGUUGAGGCGAUGUUAUUCUUCAUUUAUGGCGACAAGAAAAUCGAGGAUUUGAAUUUGGCGAUGAAAGUGAUUCAGCUUGCUCAUAGAUAUGGUAUUGAACUUUUGAAAGUAAGCGUUGGCAUUUAGGUUGACAUUUGACAUAGUUUGGUAAUAUAUUCUUUAGGAACUGUAUAAUAUAUAUAUAUAUAUAUAUAUAUAUUCUAAAAGACAUCUUUUACGGCGUUAAACUUAUGGAUUACAUUUCAGCUUCAAUGUGAAUAUCUAAUCGUACAAAAUCUAACUCUUGAUCUGGCGUGCGAUUCUCUGGUUAUGUCAAAACGACUGGAUUUACCUUACUUGGCAUUAAAAUGCUAUGAGAUGGGUUAA